GCGAAACCAAGAAAGGCUUCAUGAUGAAAUAUUGGUAAAGCAGGUCUCUGAAAUGGAUGAGAAAUUGAAUGAAGCACGGAGAGAACAUAUGAAAGCAGUAAUCUCACUGCAACAGAAAGACAGACAGCUAGACAGGGAAAAGGUGCAGUUUGGGCACCAAAUGGAAAACCUUGAGGCUCAUCUCAAGUUUCAAGUUUCAGAAUUAGAGAAAGAACUGCAGACAGUGAAGUCAGAAAGAAAUCUAAUUAUGGCUACACUUAGACAAGAAGGUCUUAUUGGUAAAAUAAGACUUGACAGAAAACAACCCGUGGUCAAUAACAAUACUACUGAUACAAACCAAGCUGAAUCUGAGAGUAAUAGAGAAGUAAUUGAUAGCUGUCAAGUUCUAACAAAGAAUACUUUGCCUGAAAGUUCACACAAAAAAGUUGAAUCUCUUCAGGAACUUUUGAAUGACAUCAACACUAUAGCAAAGUCGGUAUAUGAAGAGGAUUCCUCUGAUGAAUUAUCUUCAAACUAAAUUUCUUUUACAUAUACAGACUGAAAAAGAAACAAAAAAUCCUUGUUUAAACUGAAGAAACAAUUAGAAUUUCUUUGAUGGCAUCCCCCAAAUACUCUAGUU